CUUCUUACAUGUAUUUAACACAUUUUUGUUGUAAACAAUGCUUAAUGUUUCCAUUCUCCGAAACGUCACUAGCUAUGUACGCAUAUUUGAUAGACUUCGCCUAUAUAUGUUAUGUGAUCUCUGGUCAUUCCUACUCACAACCAAACAAAAAAUGGAUAAUAGAUGGAGUCUUGAAGGUAUGACUGCUCUUGUAACUGGUGGAGCCAGCGGAAUCGGGCAUGCCAUAGUAGAGGAGCUAGCCAGUUUUGGAGCUAGAAUCCAUGUGUGCGACAUAUCUGAAACACUGCUCAAUCAGAGUUUAAGCGAAUGGGAAAAGAAAGGGUUUCAAGUGAGUGGUUCCAUAUGUGAUGUAUCCUCUCGUCCCGAGAGAGAAACACUUAUGCAAACCGUCUCAGCGAUAUUUGAUGGCAAGCUGAGUAUACUUGUGAACAACGUUGCCGUGGUUCACACUAAGCCAACAACCGAAUAUGACGCAAACGAUUUCUCGUUCCAAAUUUCAACAAACUUGGAAUCUGCUUAUCAUCUUAGCCAGCUUUCACAUCCUCUCCUCAAGGCUUCUGGAUUUGGAAGCAUUGUCAUGAUUUCCUCUGUUGGAGGGGUUGUAUCAAUGUGCUGUGGAUCCAUCUAUAGUCUGGCGAAAGGAGCUUUGAACCAACUAGCCAAAAAUUUGGCGUGUGAAUGGGCAAGAGAUGGCAUAAGAACCAACUCUGUUGCUCCUAAUUUUGUCAACAAUACUACUAUGGCUAAACCUUUUUUCAAAGACGCUGAUUACGAGAAGAGUUUGUUAAACAGAACUCCACUUGGUCGGGCUGGAGAGCCAAACGAGGUUGCAUCACUUGUGGCUUUCCUGUGUUUACCUGCAGCUUCAUAUAUUACUGGUCAGACCAUUUGUGUUGAUGGAGGUCUCACUGUCAAUGGUUUCUCCUAUCAGCCAAAGGCUUGAGCUGUGACUUGUGUGUGUUGGUGAUGCAGCGUACAAGUAUGUUUUAAAUUGUUGUUGGGUUUUGUUUUAACCUUUGCUUCUAUCACUAAUAAAAACAAAAAUAAGAAACUCUAGUUUCUAUUACUAUUGCACUCUUUGAGAAUUCAAUAGAUUUGUGAUGGUUUGGUUAACAGUUGUCUCUGAAAUCAAUGUUUAUCCAUAUCUUGCAUCUAUUAUUUGGUGUUCAAGUUAGUUGUUUUUUUUAUUUACCAUGUGGUUUAGAAGUUUUUUUUUAUUAAUCAAGAGCAAGAGUUCUGGACCCUUAAGCGGAUACUUCUUCCUUCUUGGGUCGGAAUGAGCAUUUCAA